AUGGCGAGCAGCCUGGAGGCGGUGGCCAUAGACUGCGAGAUGGUGGGGCUGGGGCCCCACAACAAGAGCGGCCUGGCUCGGUGCAGCCUGGUGGACGCCGGGGGCAACGUGGUCUAUGACAAGUUCAUCCGGCCCGAGGGCGUCAUCACCGACUACAGGACCCCCGUCAGCGGGGUCACCGCCCGGCACAUGGAGGAUGCCACCCCCUUCGCCGAGGCCAGGCUGGAGAUCCUGCAGCUCCUGCGAGGCAAGCUGGUGGUGGGUCAUGACCUGAAGCAUGACUUUGACGCUCUGAAAGAGGACAUGAGCAACUACGCCAUCUACGACACGUCCACCGACAGGCUGCUGAAACGCAAAGCCGGCCUGCAGCACUGCCAGCGGGUCUCCCUCCGCGUGCUCAGCGAGCGCCUCCUGGGGAUGUACAUCCAGAGGAGCAAGUCCGGCCACAGCUCGGUGGAAGACGCCAGGGCGACCAUGGAACUCUACCAACUCUCCAGGAGGAUCCGCAACCGCUGA